AUGCAAACUAAAUUUUAUUUUUCCUGUGCCCUAACACUGGCAUUGACCUUUAUGUUCUGCUGCAGCUCCUCGGAGGGGUUGAUAUUCAGUCAAACGGAUUUAAAAAAUUUCGUUCAAAGUGGUGUCUGGGAUGUUAAUGUUUUACGCUGCAUGCUGAGGAAUAAUCGGAUAUGUCCUAGUCCAUAUAUCAUGUAUCGUCUAUAUGCGCCGAAAACGUCACGCUUUGGUGUUGCCAUUAAUAUCCAUAAUCCGUUGACAUUGUUCCAAGGUGGUUUCAGCAGUAAGCGUGAUACUGUUUUCAUCGUGCAUGGCUUCAAUGGGACGGCCACCGAUAAACAUUUGCAGUUUUUAAGGGAUGCAUAUCUAUCGAGAGAUUUUAAUGUCAUUACCGUCGACUGGAGGCCAUUGACUGAAUAUCCAUGCUAUUUGCAAUCGUUGAUAAAUACACGAUUGACAGCUCAGUGUACGGCCCAGAUGUAUUCAUUCCUCACACAUUAUGGUGCGGCCAGAGAGAAAAUCACCUGUGUUGGCCACUCAUUGGGCGCCCAUAUUUGUGGUAUGGUCAGUAAUCAUUUGAAUGUGAAGCAAUAUCGCAUUAUUGGUCUUGAUCCGGCUAGACCUUUGAUAGAACGCAAGAAAAGUAAUCAGUUUCGCUUGUCAUUGGAUGAUGCCAAUGUCAUUCAAGUGAUACACACCAAUGCCGGAUAUUUGGGACAGCAAGAAAAUACCGGCCAUUUGAAUUAUUGUGUAAAUGGUGGAAGAAUUCAGCCAUACUGUAAGGGUAGUCCGAUAAGACGAUCCCGCUGUUCCCACUUUUUAAGCAUAUGCUAUCUGGCAUCGGCCGUUUUUAAACAUCGCCGCUAUUUGGGUGUACCCUGUCCGAAUGGUUGUGUAGAUGUAACGGGUCCCAAACGAUUACCGGUAUCAAGUGCUAAUCCCUUCAGUGCAAUAUCACAAAUUCGUGAAUACUAUUUGGGAAAUGAUGCGCCAGACAAUGCCCAAGGUUGCGUUUGCAUCGAUGUGCCGUUUGCCAGACAUUGUCCCUUCAGUGAAGUGACGUAG